UGGAGGGUAUGGAGGCAAGAAGACAUAAUGGUUGCUUCAGACUUACAGCUAUUUCUCUGCUUUUUUACGACUGAAAGACUUUUAUAUAUUAGCUCAGGGUUUAUAUUGAAUUUGGAGCAAAAUUUCAUGAUUGAUAACAAUCCAAUUUAUCAAGAAGAAACUCUUAAGCUUUUAUUUGCCUACAAAGUUGCAUGGCUAUACGCUUAAGUGCUUCUUCUUCCUCAGCCACCUUGUUUGCACCAUCUUCAUUCAGCCAUGAGACUGAGACUAUACCAGGAAGAAAGCUUUUCGGAACCUGGGCUUGUCAGAACAAUUCAAAAUUUCAUCAAAACAAGCAUUUUGAGCUCAAAGCUUCAAAUGUGCAACCAUUAAAGGCUGUGUCUUUGCAGGCUGGUGCACCUGCAAGUUCUCCAGUUACAGAACGUGUUGAGAAGCCAACUCAAGAAGAGUACAUUCCUUUCUUAGAAACAGACACGGAAGAGUCUACUCUCAGCAUUGUUGUUGUUGGGGCUUCAGGGGAUCUUGCUAGGAGGAAGAUCUACCCUGCACUAUUUGCUCUUUUUAUUGAAGAUCGUUUGCCAGAGAAUUUUACAAUCUUUGGCUAUGGACGGAGUAUAAUGACUGAUGAGGAGCUGAGGAAUAUAAUCAGCAAAACCCUGACUUGCAGAGUUGACAAGAGGUGCUAUUUUAUUGAAUUGUGUUUGAACUUUGAAAGUAUCUUCAUAUGGUAUGUUUUCACCAAUUAUGUUUUCCUUUUUGUUCUGAUUACUCUAAUUUUGAGGGAUUACAGGGAGAACUGUGAUGAGAAGAUGGAUGCAUUCUUAAAAAAGUGCUUUUACUCUUCCGGUCAAUAUAGCUCUGAGGAGCAUUUCUUGGAAUUGGACAACAAGCUGAAAGAGAAAGAGGCUGGAAGGCUAUCAAAUAGACUAUUUUACCUAGCAAUACCCCCAAACAUGUUUGUGGAUGUGGCAAGAUGUGCCAAACGUCGUGCUUCUUCAGAAAACGGGUGGAUUCGAGUCAUUGUUGAAAAACCAUUUGGUCGAGAUACAGAGUCAUCCAGGGAGCUGACCCGAGGCUUAAAACAAUAUUUGAGUGAAGACCAAAUAUUCAGAAUUGACCAUCACAUGGGUGAAGAGCUAGUAGAAAAUCUCUUGGUGCUUCGCUUUUCAAAUCUGGUUUUUGAGCCUCUAUGGUCUAGGAAUUACAUCCGCAAUGUACAGUUCAUUUUUUCUGAAGAUUUUGGGACACACGGACAAGGAAGGUACUUCGAUAACUACGGUAUCAUACGGGAUAUAAUGCAAAAUCAUCUGCUGCAAAUAAUAGCACUGUUUUCCAUGGACACACCAGUCAGCUUAGAUGCUGAGGACAUUAGGAAUGAGAAGGUUAAGGUUUUACGUUCCAUGAAACCUGUUCAGCUUGAAGAUGUGGUUGUAGGUCAAUAUAAGGGUGAUUGUGAUGGCAUUAGAUGUUAUCCCGGUUAUACUGAUGACAUGACUGUAUCAAACAAUAGCCUUACGCCAACUUUCGCAGCAGCCACUCUCUUUAUAAACAAUGCAAGAUGGGAUGGAGUUCCAUUCCUAAUGAUAGCCGGCAAGGCUCUCCAUUCAAAGCGGGCAGAAAUUAGAGUUCAAUUCAGACAUGUUCCGGGUAACUUGUACAAUAGGAACUUUGGAACUGAUUUGGAUCAAGCUGGAAAUGAGCUUGUCAUUCGCAUAGAACCUGAUGAAGCUAUAUAUCUGAAGAUCAACAACAAGGUCCCUGGUCUUGGAAUGAGAUUGGAUCGCAGUGACCUUAAUUUGCUCUACAAAGCCAGGUAUCCAAGAGAGGUACCAGAUGCAUAUGAGAGGCUGCUCAUUGAUGCAAUAGAAGGAGAGCGGCGGUUGUUCAUUAGAAGUGAUGAGCUAGAUGCAGCUUGGGCAGUAUUCACACCAUUGUUGAAGGAAUUGGAAGAGAAGAAGGUUGCUCCAGAGCUGUACACAUAUGGUAGCGGUGGGCCACUUGGAGUGCAUUAUCUUGCUGCAAAGCAUAAUGUUCGCUGGGGUGAUUUUGGUUAUGAGGACUAAUGACUAGUGGCGAUCUAUUGCCUUCAGGGGUCUUUAAUUUGAUGGUGGUGAUUAUCAUUCAAGUAUUCAAAACCUUUUUCUUUCAUUUUUCUAUAUGUAUACAAUGUGUUUAGUUAAUUUUUU